CCGUGUCAUUGACAUUAUCUUAAAUGGAGACUAGCCCAGCGCGACGGCCAACAAGUUGUUCCUUUUCAGCUCCGUCGGAGUGUACGCUACAUGUGUCUUGAAUAAUGGAAAAUCAAGUGUAGUAGCAGUUUUUUAAAUUAGUUUUAUCGACACGCCCCAGCGCUGCUGCGUGGACCUGUGCCUGGGCGGCUUGCUGUUGUUCCUGGCCGGGCUGCAGCAGGCGGAGGCAGCUGCCGGAGCCACCGCGGCGGAGAUGGCCAACCUGAACUGGAAGCCGUUCAUCUACGGCGGGAUGGCCUCGAUUGUCGCAGAAUUCGGCACAUUCCCCAUCGAUCUGACAAAGACACGGCUCCAGGUGCAGGGUCAGUCCCAGUACACGGAGGUGCGCUACAGAGGCAUGUUCCAUGCCCUGUUCAGGAUCGGCAAGGAAGAGGGCAUCCGGGCGCUCUACUCGGGGAUCUCACCUGCGCUCUUGAGACAAGCGUCUUAUGGGACCAUCAAGAUCGGAACCUAUAACUCCCUGAAGAGGCUUUUUGUCACUCACCCAGAAGAGGAGACCAUGGUCAUCAACGUCUUCUGCGGCGUCGUCUCCGGCGUUCUGUCGUCCUCCCUGGCCAAUCCCACGGACGUCCUCAAGAUCCGAAUGCAGGCGCAGGGCAGUCUGCUCCAAGGCAGCAUGAUAUCCAACUUCAUCAACAUCUACCAGACAGAGGGCACCAAAGGCCUGUGGAGAGGUGUCAUUCCCACGGCGCAGCGAGCCGCCAUCGUCGUCGGAGUUGAACUUCCCGUGUACGACAUCACAAAGAAGCACCUCCUUCGAUCCGGCGUCAUGGGCGACACCAUCUUGACCCAUUUCAUUUCAAGUUUCACAUGCGGCCUGGCGGGGGCGCUGGCCUCCAACCCCGUGGACGUGGUGCGCACGCGCAUGAUGAACCAGCGCGUGCUGUCGGGGGCACCCAUGUACAAAGGCACACUGGACGGCGUGAUGCAGACGUGGAGAAACGAGGGCUUCUUUGCGCUCUAUAAAGGAUUCUGGCCCAACUGGCUGCGGCUGGGGCCUUGGAACAUUAUUUUCUUCAUCACCUUUGAGCAGUUGAAGAAGCUCCCGUUGUAAGCGAGAGACGCAAGUCGGGACGGUACGAAUCUGUCGGACUGUGUCGGCCGUGCAGUGAAUUGGGGGAGACAGAAGCAGCAGCACUACUGGGAGAGUUGUGGCACCAGUAUAUUUUCACACUCCUUUACCAGCAACUCCACCACAGCAUCAGCCAACCUCCCCACAUAUUCACUCAUCCAACACCUCAUGUCCUUUUUCUUUGGUUUUGCUAUUUAUUUAUGGGUGACUGAUUCUGUUUUCACCACAGUCGUGAGCACUGAGACCAGGCAGCUACUUUUAGCAGGUGUUUAGCAGAAGAGAGAGAGAGAGAGGGAGUUAGAACCUGGUUACCGCCGCGGACCAGGUGAGUUUCAACCUCAGCUUUUUUUCGAAGACAUACAAGUCUGACAAUAUAGUUACAUGCAUUUGCGAGGCUUGAAAUGUUCCCUUCUGGAGGGAAAUUGUCCUUCUGUUUCAAUGACUUGAUAGUAAAGUGCCGUACUUUUAUUUGUUUAUUGGCCGGAGAUUCUAGAGGCGGAAAAAGCCUGACAUGAGCGUCAAUCUGAGCCAAAGCCUUUGCUGUGAUGCUGUUGGAAACAGCAGUUAAAUGUACUGUGUGCUUUAAAGGCUUGUGCGGCUCAUGGCUGGAAAGGGGGGCCGAACGUGCCAAAGUUUGUUUUACUUGAACGUGUUACCCAUCUACAUCACUCCCAAAAAGUCUUUGACUCUUCCAGUCUUUCUGUAUCGCUGUUGCAACUUGCUAUAAGCCCCUGUCAUCUGGAUUUUGGCCUGUUUUACUGCCACUUCUCUUCUCCCCCACCUCCCUCCUGCUCGAAAGGACCCUUUUAGUCUGUGUCGCAACCUGCUGAUGACACUAUAAGCUCAGAGAUGCAGAAAGACUGGAAGAGCCACAGAAAGGCAUAGAAGUGGUCGUCCUUGGCUUGCUUAAUUCAUUUGGCCAAACACAUGGCAAAUGACGUCUUAAUGAAUUGUCCUGCAUUGUUGAUGGAUGCAGUUUAUCAGGGGAAUUCGUUUUGCUCAAACAGACCAAAUUUAUUGUAAUUUUAAAGAUUUGGUUCAUGACAUUAAUGCAUCGUAAAACAUCAAAAACUGAAGUGUAGUCAGAGUAAAGUUUUUACUGAUUUUACAGUAUGUUGACGUAAUUCACAACUUUGUCGUUGUCAUACUGUGAGAAUGAGUCUUUGGAUCGUGGUACUAUGCUGCUAGCUAACCACGAUGGUGGCUGUCCAAUGAAAAGCAGGUACCACUUUCUUUUAAACCAAAACCACAAGUUGGUUUUUUUUCUGCUAAAAAACAAACAAAAAAGGCAAACAUUUUUUAAUUAUAGUGGAACCUUGAACAAGGUUGCCGCAUCUGGAAAAAAAAUGGAAAUGGAAAUAAUUUGUUUUAGGGUCAAACUGUCGCCACAUCACAAAACAUUCUGAAUAAGUGUAAAAAGUAGUUAACCUCUGUAUUAUAACGGUAAAAACACUCUCUUAAGGGUGUAGUAAAUUUAGCGUCUCAUUUUUAAAAUCCAUGUUACACAAGCAUUAAAACAAGCCUCUUUACCCUCCUGUUAGGUUAUGGGUCAAACUGAACCGUUUUAAAGUUGAAACCAAAAGUAUUUUAAGAGUAAGAAGUAAGUUAUGGGAAGAGGUUACCCCUCUUAUCCUAACGCUAAUCUAUUCUCAGAAAUGGCAAUAAUGUUAUGUUGUGGGUCAAAUUGACCUGUUCUAAACGUUAAAUUAAAUAGUCAAAAGUAAUUUCUUGGGAUGAAUGAUUCUGCUUGAGUUAAAUGCAUAGAAACAUUGUAGUUUCUGACACCCUGGGUCAAAUUGACCCAGAAACAUUGUUUUAGGUUGAUUUCUCAGAAACAGCAAUAAUGUUAUGAGUUUAAAAAAAAAAAGUUCAAAGUAUUUUUUGGGGGGUAUGAAACGUUUCUGCUCAACUUAAUGUCCAACAUUUUAGGUCAAAUUGACCUGGGAAUUGCUAUUUCUCAGAAAUGAAUGAAUAUUAUCUCAUUUUUGACAUUGUCACACAACUAUAAUAAGAAGGUAACCACAUUAUUAUUCCAAAAAUUGCAUCUAAUUUUUAAAGAAUCUCAUACAAGUGUGAAAAGAAGAUGCUGCUAAUUUCCUCAAAAAAUAUUUAUCCGUAGUCCAUUAUGUGGCUCAUUUUUUUAUUGUUUAAUGGCUAUGUUGUCAUUUGGAGGUUUGGCUUAACAUGCUUUUCAUUGGACAGUUGCUGUGGGACUUGAACUCAACACAACACAAUACAAUACAAACUGUCUGUUAGGACACAUCUGUUACUAAAACAAAAACAAUCCUCACUUUUGAUUUGAAUAAUUGUAAUUUUUUUUUUUUACCAAACCUUGUGCAGCUAGUGUGCAUGUUUGUCACAGCUUGCGCCUUCUAAUUUAACGGUUAUUGUUUGGCGCUUCUUUAUUUUCACGAGUGGGCUGCUUCUUGGUUUUUUUAAAUCACAUUUUGUUGUCGAACACAAUUUGAUUGACAUUGCUUUCAUUCCCGCUCGGGCUUUAUACAGUGUUUCGAUAUAUUUAACGCUCACACAUUUGUGAGCAGUUUCACGACCAAAUGUGUCACUUCAUCGCCAGUCAUUCAUUCCCUAAAAGUUACAUCUUACAAAUAAAAGAAAAUGUUUCACUUAUUGGACUUAUUUUAAAGUGCUCUUCUCCCCCCCCCCCCCCCCCCUCCCAAUUGUAGCUAUUGAAAGCGCCUCUUGCUGUACUGAAUAAAAGAACUAUACUAUAUAGGUCAUUAAAAUGUUUUUUUUAUCAAGCCCACAUUAAAAUGUAUGAAAAAAUGCAACACUGCACUUUCUGCUCAGCUGAUUGUUGGUGGUUUUUACUUUGUGCUUGUUUAAAUGGGGGUUAUGGUGGAGGUUUUGAAUGCGGGUUUAGUUUUCAUCUGUUAUGAGUCAAAGAUUGACUGAAAUCCAUGUACACUCCAAAUAAAAAAAAAAAAAUUAAAAAAUGAAUGCAGGAA